AUUGCGUCCACCCACAAAUCCUCAUGAACCACGCCAACGCCUAGCGCGCGAGGAGUCUCUUCAUUCCCUUCGCCGUCCAGUCCCGCGCCUCCCACGACCAUGCCGCCUCCCAAGUCUCGCAACCCAGACCAGGACUCGCGCUCCGAUGCUUCAGUGACAAAGGAUAAGCACACGGCCUCGAAUCACUCUCACCACGCGCGAGGUCGCCGCAACGGCGGUCCAACCCUCACCAAUGGCAGCCACCUGAAGGAGGUGGUGUCGGCCUCGGGCGACGCUCAUGGUUCUGUUGGCCGCAACGGCGCCCACUACGGUCAAAUGGCGUCAACUGGAGGGUUGGCCUGGAACAAAGAGGAUCUCACUCUUCUUCAAGGCUAUCGUAACGCAUACCGCCUCGAUUGCCCCUCGGCCUUCAAAAAUCCCAUGGCCCACGCGAUACUUGGCAGGGGCAUUGGGAAAUACUCUCCCACAAUGACGCGCAAGAGAAACGAGCGCAGAGUCUCCAAGGAUCAACUAGCUAUGGCAGUUCGCAAGAACUUCAACGCGCUUGCUGUGAGCGAGUCCGAGGUCAUUGUGGACCUAAUGUACAAAGUCAAGACACAAGACAAAACAUUUAGAAUGCGUUUCGCGCCUCCCCGGACCCGUUGAUGUCCGCCUCCGAUCUCGCAGAACCCCCGCACGAACGCACAACCGACUUUCUCAUAAGGACAGUAUAGACGUCCACGACCCAGCAUUACGCAUCAUCGGAGUUACGCAUUCAUGGAGUUAUCUGGUAUUAUUUAUAUUGGCAUUGUGGCGUUUUUGGCAGAGGAUACCCUUCGAGGCUCAAGGAGCAAGAACCUUUCUUGGAUUACGGAGUACUCUCAUACCACAGCGACAACCUAUUGGCAUCGCGCUUCCGUUGGGCAUAUUCGGUCUAAGUUCAGCUAUUAGACACGGAGAUGGUGAGAAAGGAAGGAUUGAGCAAGGAUAUGGAGGGUGUGGCAGUAGGAUUUACACCCAGUGACACAGCGCGGGCGUGCGCGUGUCUCCUAAUAAGACCAGAACCGAGGAAAAUGAAUUAUGUUUCUACCUUGG